AUGCUUCGUCACAUCGUUUUUUUUUUUACUUUCCUUGCUUGUCUGCGGGAGGCGGCCGCAUUCCUGCCGCACACUUUCCAGGCAGACGCAAGGCAGAGAAAGGGUGUGCGGUCGAAGGUUGAGAGACAUACACAGGAGAUGCGGCGCUGGAGUCGAUUCGCCGUGGCGGCUGCGCUGCUGUCUGUCUCUCACGCGCACGUCUCCGAGAGAAUGACGCGGAACGUGCAGAAGGUCCCCACUCUGCUCAUUGACGAGGUGGAGGAGGCGGUGGACGACGCCGAGGACGUCGCUGGGGUUGGGGCUGAAGGUGCGGAAGAAUCCGUUGUUGAGAUGAGCGAGGUGGAGCUGCAGGCACUGCCCAAAACGUAUGGAGGGAAGUUUCUGAAGGAGUCAUGCUUGUCGGCGGAAGAAAGACAACAGCUUGCACGAAUGAUUUUUGAGGCGCAUUACGCCUCAGAGGGAGAGGGAAAGGAGGACAGGGCAAUGUGGUAUCAAAGUGAGUUGGAGGUGCAGUGGCUAGAGGAGUGGGCACUCGGCGGAGGAGAGGGAGAGAAGGACACGGCGCGUCGUGCCGUUAAGAAGGCAGUGCUGCAGCGUGUUGACCUGCAUAAACCUCUCGCGUACAUUAUUGGGCAACAGCCUUUUUACGGAUGCGACAUUCACUGCUCUCCUCCGCUGCUGUGUCCACGACCGGAGACAGAGAUGUGGACCCACUGGUUUGUUCAACAACAUCUUGCUCACUCACUGGACGGUGACAAGCCACCUGUGCGUGUACUAGACAUGUGCUGUGGCACUGGUUGUGUUGGGAUUGCCAUCGCCGUGCAUGUGCCACGUACAGAGGUUGUGGCGGUGGACGUGAUGGAUGAGGCCGUGAAGGCCUCUGAGGAGAAUGCGAGACGUAAUGGGAUCCCUUCAUCGCGCUAUCGUGCGAUCAAAAGCGACAUGUUUGCGGCCUUUCUUGCGUCGGAUGACAACUCCAGUAUCGGAAAAGGAGAGGAGAAAAUGGGGGGGAAGAGGAGGCCAAAGCUGGCAGAUACGCAUCUGGGUUCGUUUGACAUCCUUGUUUCAAAUCCCCCCUACGUGUUGCCGGAGCAGUACGUCCGUCUCCCUCCCGGCAUAAAACUUUGGGAAUCGAAACUUGCCUUGGUGGGCGAUGCCACGCGGGAAAAUUGCCAGUACCUCUAUUUUCAAGAGCUGUGCGAGUUGGGGGCCGCAAUCUUGAAGCCGAAGGCACGCCGUGAUGCGGCUCUCGUCAAUGCGCCAAAUUUCAUUCUGGAGGUGGGGCUGCAGGGAGAGCGUGUGGCUUCUCUCAUGGAACGAAGCGGGCUGUGGGAGAGCGUGGAGGUGCACCUUGACUACGCACAGCAGCUGCGGUGGAUUACCGCCUCCUCUUCCCACUGA